CUCUGUGUUUAGCUCCCGUCUCCGACGAGAGAGGCGGCGACGGUGGCGUCUGCGACGGGAGAUAGCGCGUCGGAGCGAGAGAGCGUCGCGCCUGCCGCCGCCCCAACAGCGGAGGCGCCGCCGCCAUCGGUCGUCACCAGACCGGAGCCGCAGGCCCUCCAGAGCGCGGCCAUCCGUGCCCCGCUCCCAGAUCUCUAUCCGUUUGGGACCAUGCGCGGAGGCGGCUUUGGGGAUCGGGACCGGGAUCGUGACCGUGGAGGCUUUGGAGCAAGAGGUGGUGGUGGUCUUCCGCCAAAGAAAUUUGGUAAUCCUGGGGAGCGUUUACGUAAAAAGAAGUGGGAUUUGAGUGAGCUCCCCAAAUUUGAGAAGAAUUUUUAUGUGGAACAUCCAGAAGUAGCAAGGCUGACUCCAUAUGAGGUUGAUGAACUACGCCGAAAGAAAGAGAUCACGGUGCGAGGGGGAGAUGUUUGUCCUAAACCUGUGUUUGCAUUUCAUCAUGCUAACUUCCCUCAAUAUGUAAUGGAUGUGUUGAUGGAUCAGCACUUUACAGAACCAACUCCAAUUCAGUGCCAAGGGUUUCCUUUGGCCCUUAGUGGCCGGGAUAUGGUGGGCAUUGCUCAGACUGGCUCUGGGAAAACAUUGGCGUAUUUGCUGCCUGCAAUUGUUCAUAUUAACCACCAGCCAUACUUGGAAAGGGGAGAUGGCCCAAUCUGUCUUGUUCUGGCUCCUACUAGAGAGCUUGCCCAGCAAGUACAGCAGGUGGCUGAUGACUAUGGCAAAUGUUCUAGAUUGAAGAGUACUUGCAUUUAUGGAGGUGCUCCUAAAGGUCCUCAGAUUCGAGACUUGGAGAGAGGUGUUGAGAUCUGCAUAGCCACUCCUGGGCGCCUGAUAGAUUUCCUAGAGUCAGGAAAGACAAAUCUACGCCGAUGUACUUACCUUGUGCUGGAUGAGGCUGACAGAAUGCUUGAUAUGGGCUUUGAACCCCAGAUCCGUAAAAUUGUUGACCAGAUCAGGCCUGAUAGGCAAACCUUGAUGUGGAGCGCAACCUGGCCGAAAGAAGUGCGGCAGCUGGCCGAGGACUUCCUUCGCGACUACACCCAGAUCAACGUAGGCAAUCUGGAGUUGAGUGCCAACCACAACAUCCUCCAGAUUGUGGAUGUCUGCAUGGAGAGCGAAAAAGACCACAAAUUGAUCCAACUCAUGGAGGAAAUUAUGGCCGAAAAGGAAAAUAAGACAAUUAUAUUUGUGGAGACAAAGAGACGCUGUGAUGACCUCACUCGAAGGAUGCGCAGAGAUGGUUGGCCAGCUAUGUGUAUCCAUGGAGACAAGAGUCAACCAGAAAGAGAUUGGGUACUUAAUGAAUUCCGUUCUGGAAAGGCUCCUAUCCUCAUUGCCACAGAUGUAGCCUCCCGAGGGCUAGAUGUGGAAGAUGUCAAGUUUGUGAUCAACUAUGACUAUCCAAACAGCUCGGAAGAUUAUGUGCACCGCAUUGGCCGGACGGCCCGUAGCACCAAUAAGGGCACGGCCUAUACCUUCUUCACCCCAGGGAACCUAAAGCAAGCCAGAGAACUGAUCAAGGUGCUAGAAGAGGCAAACCAGGCUAUCAAUCCCAAACUUAUGCAGCUGGUGGACCACCGCGGAGGUGGCGGCGGCGGGGGUAAGGGAGGUCGUUCUCGAUACCGGACCACUUCUUCAGCCAACAAUCCCAACCUGAUGUAUCAGGAUGAGUGUGACCGGAGGCUUCGAGGAGUCAAGGAUGGUAGCCGGAGGGACUCUGCAAGCUAUCGAGAUCGGAGUGAAACCGAUAGAGCUGGUUAUGCUAAUGGCAGUGGCUAUGGAAGUCCAAAUUCCACCUUUGGAACACAAGCAGGCCAAUAUACCUAUGGGCAAGGCACCUAUGGGGCAGCUGCCUAUGGCACCAGUGGCUAUACAGCCCAAGAGUACGGUGCUGGCACUUACGGGGCUAGUACCACCACCACAGCCGGGAGAAGUUCACAGAGCUCUAGCCAGCAGUUUAGUGGGAUAGGCCGGUCUGGGCAGCAGCCCCAGCCACUGAUGUCACAACAGUUUGCACAGCCUCCGGGAGCUACCAACAUGAUAGGUUACAUGGGGCAGACUGCCUACCAGUAUCCUCCUCCUCCCCCACCUCCUCCCCCUUCACGUAAAUGAAACCACUAAAGUGGCAGUGACUUGUGCAGACUUAACUACAUUUAAAGGAUCGCUGUCUUUCCUUUUUUUUCCCCCUCCUCUCCCCCUUUUCUUUCUUUUUUUUAUUCUU